CAGUGACAGCCGGCAGUCGAUAUGGUCAAUUCUCGGAAAACAUGACAUGGAAAAACGUGAACGUAACUGUCACCAAAGCCCGUUUUAAAAACCACAUGUGAGGUGAUGAUACAACUUACCUUAAUCCCAAAGGCCUUUGGUAAUCCACAAAGAACAACUAGAUGCACAAUGACGCACUUGCCAAAUUUCUUGUUGCAAUCUGUCGUCACGACCGUGUCAUCGUGGACCGUUCUUUGCAUGAUACUCUGCGUUCAAGUCACGCUCGAGUUUAGUUUCGGGGAUGUGGCCCGAUUCGUCAGACAUCCUUGGUGUGUGACCGAGUGUUGCACUGACGAAAUUUGGAUCAACCGUUCAAAUUCCUCAGGAUUGCAAAAAGCCUUGAAAUCGCAGCUGUUCGGUCAGCACUUAGUGACGGAUCAUGUGGUGGCAGCAGUCGAGGCUCAUCUCACCGACAAAGACCCCGAGAGGCCGCUAGUCCUGUCCUUCCACGGCCGGACGGGCACCGGCAAAAACUACGUGGCCCGCAUGAUCGCGGAGAGCAUCUACAAGAAAGGGAUGAACAGCAAAUACGUCCACCACUAUGCAGCCAAUAAGCAUUUUGCCCAUGAAAAACGUUUAGACGAAUACAAGAGUCUCCUAAGAUCCGAGGUGGCGGCCUAUACCUACAGCUGCCCGUACCAACUCUUCAUCUUUGACGAAAUCGAAGACAUGCCGGAAGGGCUCCUCGACUCCCUCAAACCGUUCAUAGACUACAACGUCCAUCUAGACAAUGUGGACUACCGUAAAGCCAUCUUUAUCUUUUUAAGCAACACAGCAGCAAUGGAGAUCACCCAAAAGACCUAUAGUCAUCUGAGCGCCGGCGGCAACCGGGAGAAAAUCACGCUACAGGAGAUGGAAGAAGUCAUUGAGAAGACUGCGUACAGCGCAAAAGGUGCCUUCAACAGAAGUCGUCUAAUCGACAGCUACGUCAUCAGUCACUUCGUGCCUUUCCUUCCUCUCGAAAGACAACACGUGCGAGAGUGCGUGCGAGUCGCACUGCGUAAACGCUCUUUCUCUCGGCGCCACAUGAACGACGCUAUCGACCAAGUUAUGGACCUUCUACAAUUCUGGCCCGAAGUUAGCAAACUGUUUGCCCUCAAAGGGUGCAAGAACGUGAACGAAAAAGCCGCGCUUGUUGAUCACCAAAUGCGAAAAACAGAGUUAUGAAGCUAGCCUAGGUUUUAUAUUUAUUAAAAUCAUUUUGAUAACUAUAGGUAGUAGACUCAACUCUAUAGAGUCUUGGCUCUGUCAUUUCUAGUACACAAAUGUAACAUGGUUUGAGGUUGGGUAGUCAAUAUUUAUAUCGAUCCCAGGUAUUGGAAGUUGACAGGCUAUUUCCUGUGGCGAAGUUGAGAGAACUAGUUUGUCAACUUCCAAUUACCGACGGGAUCCCAUAUCGACUAUCCAUCCGAAAUAAACCAUGUUGUAUUUGUGUUACUGUACCUCAAACAUAUUUAGCAAAACUUCAUCAAAGUACGCUUGAGGCUUGGUGAAGCAUUACUGUGCAUGUGCCACCAUCUUGACAUGUAGCUAGGGCUGUAUUCGAGUGUGUGCGCACACUACCCCUGUACAGUUGCUUCGUCAAGCACAUGCGCAUGUGUGUUUACCCUGUGCGUGUAUCCUCGUACGUGUUCUACAUAACUCCUGAGGACCGACACACAAAGGGAGAACAACAGAUCCUUUCAGUCCUCGGGAGUUGGGUCUUUUGUUGGAAAUGGUCCUCUGUAGUAGGUUCGUGUGCUGAGUCAAUGGGAGAGUGUUAUAUUACAGGGACAAAGGGAAACACAAAGCAUUGUCCUCGGGAGUAUAGUAAAACAAGAGUGGCUUCGCGCGCACUUGGUAAACAGCAAAACUAGCGGCUGACCUGUGACGGUGAUUGGACCAAUGAGAAGUUUUGGGUCUAGAUUAUGAAUAUGUAUGAGGUGUAGUAGUAAAAACUAUAGACCAGUGCAAUUUGCCCAUGUUCUGCGAUGACUGGGGUGGUUUUUCAGCAGCACUGGAAUGCCGCAAAAAUGGUUUUGGUAUUUUGCUCAGUGCACUCACAUUUGGUGACGUGUUUAGACUUUUUACGAAAUGACAUGCGACGGGGUGCUUAGACCAAAGGACAUUUGCCUGUGUAUUGGCAUACGCCAAAAUUGUGUAACACCCCUCCCCCAUUUUGUUGUCUUUUGCCCCUGGUUUUUGUACAUAAAUAAUGAUUAUUUAAAUUUGCCAUACUGUAAAUUAGUAUUAGUAUGUGUAGAAAUAGUCACUUCAAAAGUGACUAGUUUUUUUUUAUUAACAGCUGAUUAAAUUGUCAAAUCAAAUUUUUUGAGCAUGGAAGGAAAGAUGUCAAUUUCUCUUGAAUUGACUAGUAACAAGGCAAGAUGUAUAAAGGGUAUGUUGCUGAAAGUGCAUUUUGUUUUUGUAUUUUGUCAUUCCAAAUUUGUUUUUCUUUUUAAUUAAAGUGAUGUAAAAUUUCAGGGGUUUUUUUGUGCAAGAUUUUUUUUGUGAAGAUGUUCUGUCCAUGGUCUGCAAUGAAUGAGAAUUUUUUUUUCCAGAAAUUGUCAACACAUUUUUUGUUUCUUCUUUUGGGCAUCUCCAAAACCCCUGAAAAAAGGGUUUUAUAUUGUGGGACUUUUGAAUACAAUUUUGCAUUGUGAGAAGACUGGUUCCCAGUCCACUCCCUACAUUAGCAAUUCAGAUAGAUGGCAGGAACCAGUCUACACUGGGCACGUAUUUUUUGUUUAAUGGCUCACUCAAAACUGAUAACUACAUUUACAAUUGAAAUUAAACGGAUAACAAGGAUGGUA